GUAGCACCACAGGCGGCUGCUGCACAAAGACAGACAGAAAGAAGAACAGCCAGAUGAAUAAAAAUUUAAACAGAACAAAAGUUGUUCAAGCUAACUUUUGAUUCUACUAAAAUAUUUAAAGAUUAGAUAACUUCUGUAGUUUAAAUUUUGUAACUACAAUUUAUUUGGAAAAAAAGAGAAAAUGACGAGUCUGCUGUGCAUCACAAUAUUCUCCCUGACCCUGGCUGGCAGUGCAUUCAGCCAGUUGAUGAGCUAUCCCCCAUUACCAACAGUUAUGGUUUUGGCAGACCUAGGUACCAACGUCACCCUGCCCUGCCGGCUCCCUGCUAAAGAUGCCUUGGCCUUUGGUAACAUUGGCAUCCGAGUCAAAUGGACCAAAGUGGCAGAAGAUGAAGCACUGAAUGAGGAUGUGCUACUUUCAAUGGGAUUGCACAAGAAGACCUACGGAAGCUUCGCAGGCCGUGUAUUUUUGACGGAUGAAGUUGAAGAUGCCACCAUAACAAUCACAGAUGUCUCCACAGAUGACUCCGGAAAAUACCGCUGUGAGAUCAUCAACGGCAUGGUAGACUUCAUGGAAGAGGUUACCUUGGAUGUGCAAGGUGGUCUCACUGAUGGUGUUGUGUUCCCAUACUCCCCCAGUACGGGCCGCUACAACCUGAACUUCGACAAUGCUACACAGGCUUGUCUGGAACAGAAUGCUUCCGUCGCCACCUUAGAUCAACUGCAUCAGGCCUGGAAGGGCGGCCUGGACUGGUGCAAUGCUGGCUGGCUGAGUGAUGGCACAGUGCAUUAUCCCAUCACCAGAGCCAGAGGGCCUUGCGGUGGCAACAAAGGGCCUGGCCUCAUAAGCUAUGGAAGUCGCAACAAACAGAAGAGCCGCUUUGACGUUUUCUGCUUUGCUUCUGCACUCAAGGGACAUUUCUAUUGGCUGGUCCAGCCCGACAGGCUGACCUUUGACGAGGCUGUGCAGGGAUGCCUAGACGAUGGGGCAGAGAUUGCCAGGGUGGGCCACAUAUACUCCGCCUGGAAGCUCGAGGGCUUUGAUCGCUGCGACGCUGGCUGGUUGGCUGACGGUAGUGUCCGCUACCCCAUCUCCAGGCCCCGCAAGAACUGUAGCCCCACAGAAGCUGCAGUGCGCUUUGUUGGAUUCCCAGACAAGAUGCAAAAGUCUUACGGCGUCUACUGCUACAAAGAUGAGUAGUGAGGCGGUAGGUAGGAGUAGGGAAGCCAUAACCACCAAAGAGAAGCAACAACGACAACCAAUAAAAUCAACAAUAAAGCCAACAACCUUUGGAUCUUAACCAGCAUGAGCUCGAUACCUUUCUGAAACUGUGAUAACACUCUUUUAACUGCUAAAGAAACAAAUACCGUACGUCUUACUUCCAUAUGUAAUGAAUGAAAAAAUAUUUUGUAGCCAGUAAAAUUUCUUUUUUUCUAACUUUAAUUGUAGACAGACUGUUGAAUAAAAGGCAAUAGUGCUAAUGUAUGAGUGAUGUGAUAGAUACAAGAACUUGAUGGUUGUGAAACAUGAUCUAAGUUAGGUUUGUCCUCCACAGAGCGAUUAGAUGUGUGAAGAUUAAGAGCAUUCAACCUCAUGUGCAGAUAAUAUUUGCAACUUUAGGACCAGAGGGAUGUGAUAUGUUACCCAUUUACCAAGCAUCCCAUCAGUGAAAGAUCUUAGAUUGAUAAGAGUCAUGAACAUGACUACCACUGUUGAGCUGUGGCUACAUACGUACAUGUUAUAUUAUGUAUUCAACGGGGUCCCUCUCUAAUCAGAGUUAAAGCUCUUUUUCCCACGUUUUUCAACCUGAGGAGUAGUGAUCAACAUGACUGAAUGUAAAUGUCUCGAUGGACUGUGACAUAUUCUGCAUUGAUAGCUCCUGUUAGACCAAACCCCCAUUACACUUUCAUAUACAGUCUUAGUAAUGUAUGUGGUAUGUUUGUUUUAACAAAAUGUUUUUUUUUUUUUACAUGUUUAUAAUUUUUUAAAGUCAAAAACAGAUUCUGUCAGAUUUUUUUGUGAAGUGUAGUUUUUAGAAAAUACAAAACGACAAGAUUUCCGCCAGACAAUGCAGAAGACGUAUACAUCUUCCCCUUUUGCCCUGAACACAACCUUUUAACAAAAAGAUUCCCUGAUUGUCUAAGAGUUGUAGCAAUUCCCCAUGGUAGCUACAAUUACAACUAACAAAUGCUGAAAUCCACCUUGACUGAGAAGACAGUUUCACAAAUUCUCACUGAGGUUUUGAGCUAUUAAAAAGGCACAUUUCCACUCGGACUCUACUGUUUUAAAGGCCUGAGUAAUACUGACGAUCACUCAUAAAGAACGAUUAAUUGAUAGUCAUGCUCUAGGGAUUAGAUCUGAAUAAAUGUUUGAGAAUAAAGAAUCAAAACCAACAAAAAAAAGAAAUCAUAAAAGUGUCCAACGGACCACAGAGAGCAUGUUUUGGACAUACAGAGCUGGUAAACUGGUUUGCCAGAUGAUAGCACCCUUUUUUUGGUACUGAUUUGAUAUUUUAUGGUUUACUUUUUCUGACCCUGGGCACUGACAUAUGGUACUUACUGUAGGUUACAUGUGGUCAUAUGGUGAUACAUUGUUUGUAAAAGCAAAACUUAAAAAUAUCUCACACUUGCGCAUAUGUAUACACACAAAGAGGUGAAGGUAUUUUUGUAUCUUAUCGGCAUGUACCUUUUUCAACAAAGCAGUUUGAAAUAAAGAAUACGACUUUUAAAUCAA